AUGGCCGAAGAGAUGUCCAUCGAUAACAAGCCCAACCCUCCCCGCGACGAGUCUGACGACUCUGUCGAUUCAACUCCCGAAAGAGAGCAAAACGCCUCUGCACCCGUCUCUGGUAACAGCAACAAUGCUGUCCAAGACGCCCAGCAGCCGAAGCGGAAGGGUGGUCGCAAACCGAUCUAUGCUACUUCAGAGGAGCGCAAGCAGCGCAACCGGCAGGCACAGGCUGCGUUCCGUGAGCGCCGGACUGAGUACAUCAAACAGCUUGAGGAGACUAUUCGGGUACACGAAUCCAACUUGCACAACCUCCAAUCCGCUCAUCGCAAUGCCGCCGACGAAUGCUUGAUGCUUCGGUAUAAGAACUCGCUGCUUGAGCGAAUUCUUCUCGAGAAAGGCAUCGAUGUUCAGGCCGAAUUGCAAGCCAAGGCCGACAGUCCCAAUCUCGGGCCUGCGCAUGUUCCCCAGAACAUGGUGCAACCGCCUCCAAUUCAGAGACCUAUCAUGAAUCGUCAGCAUCACAAUCGGAAGUCAAACUCUAGCAUUGCCCCGAAACUAGAGCCAGGAUCCGGCUUACAAGCUCACAAAUCCGCCACCUCUCCUAAGAACCGUCCCACGCCAUCAUCCCACUCCAACUCACCCAGCAAUGGCGGUUCAAACUUUUCUCCUGCCCCGUCUGACAGCGCUUCCAUGCGAGGCUCCAUCUCGGGGCUUGCUCGUCAACAACUCUCUCUUGGCGGUGCUGCUCAGCCUUCUCGAACCUCUUUGCUGCAAUCUGGUACACCCCGCAGUGUCGCCGGUGCGGGAGCCUCCUUUUACCCAACCCCGGCGUUCCAAAGCCAGGUUGAACCACUCGACACCGACUAUGAUAACCAAGCCGACAUGGUUGACGACUCUGAAAUUGAGACCCCCAGUGGGCAUGGUGGAUUUGGCGCCGCCUUCAACAGCGACACCACUCAGCCGAUGCUGCUCUCUCCCACCUCGACUGGCCCUGCCCAUCAUGAGCAAGGGGGACAUCAGGCGUCGGUGUCAAACCACCACUUCCCAUCCAUGACUCAGCUGCUCGACCACCAGAACCUCGACUGGGACCCCUUCGGACUGAGCGCCAGCAUGGCUUUCCCCAGUCAACAAUUCCCAUUUGACCAGGCGAGCAUGCGAUGA